AUGAAGUUGGUUUCAAUACUUGUUAUUGUCACCUUAAACGGGUUAAUCAAUGCUCAGCUAUGGUCAUACCAAAUAUCGCCACCAACUGCGAUACUUGAAAGGUACUUCAAGUUUCUCAACUUCAUUGGACUAGAUAAAACCCCAGAACGCACAGAUACUGCAUCAGAAAUACCAUUGCCUACUACUUCGUCAACAACUGCAACUUCAACUUCAACUACUGUACCUCCUCCUCAAUUUGAAUCAUGGCUUGAAAUACAACAAAAUACGUCAUUUCGUGCAAUUCUACAAAACAUCAACCAAAACGGAGUCAUUGUUGCAUCUCCAUCAAAGCAAAAUCCCAACUACUACUACCAAUGGAUUAGGGACUCUGCAGUUACAGUACGGACACUAAUUUCAUAUCUUGAAGAGCACCACGACAAUAAUACUAAGGCUUCACAUUCCCACAGUCAAGUGUCCAAUUUAAUUGAGUUAUACAUUUUGAACAACUACAAGCUACAAAGAACGCCAAAUAGACUGGGUGAUUUUGCCAAUUUGGCAGGGUUGGCUGAGCCGAAAUUCAAUGUGGACUUGACUGCAUUUAAUGAGCCUUGGGGAAGACCACAACGCGACGGGCCUGGGUUACGAGCAAUGACAAUUAUUCAAUUUAUUGAUUACUUGAAUCGAACUGAUGGUGAAGUGAUUCAUCCUGAAUUGCAAAAUUCAAAUUACAUCUAUCAAAAGAUCAUCAAACCCGAUUUGCAGUAUAUUUGCCAGUACUGGAAUGAAUCUGGGUUUGAUUUGUGGGAAGAAGUCGACUCGAUCCAUUUCUUCACAUCUAUGGUUCAAUUAAAGGCUUUGCAAAUGGGUAUAAGAUGGUCGAAGUAUUUCCAAGAUGAGGAUGGUACUUUCACAACAAAGCUAAUUAACUCAUUUGAUGUUCUCAAACAACACAUCGAAAAUGAAUUUGGGUUUGUUUCUUUUGGUUUUGAUCAUGUGGUUGAAAGCCCCCGGUUGUUAGAUUCAGGUGAGAGAUUAGGAUUGGAUAUAGCAACCAUAUUGGCCGUGAUUUACGCACACGAGAAUGAUGAUAAGGAGCAACAAACCGGUGAGCCAGUAGCAAAUUCAAUGCCUUUUAAUGUAUUUAACCCCCAUGUACUAAACUCAAUCAGUGGGUUGAUCAUCGACAUGAGACAACGAUAUCCAAUAAACAAGAAUCGUUUUGGUGUUGCAUUGGGGAGAUACCCCGAAGACGUCUACAAUGGAAUUGGCACAUCUGAAGGUAAUCCAUGGUUCAUAUCUACUUCCACUGCCAGUGAAUUCAUUUAUCAAUUCAUCUACAAUCUUCAAAUACAAAAAUCAAACUUGGUAAUUGAUGAUACCAACCGACAAUUCUUCCAACCAUUGAUAAACGUCACGGGCAACGAAUACACCCUCGAAUACAACUCGUCUGAUUUCAAUUCUUUGAUCACAAAGUUGGUGGAGUAUGCUGAUUCAUUUCUUGACGUUGUUCGUACUCAUACAGAUUCACAAGGUCGAAUGUCAGAACAAUUCAACAAGAAUACGGGAUUCAUGCAAGGAGCAAAAGAGUUGACCUGGAGUUAUAGCGCUGUUUGGGAUGCAAUUCGUUGGAGAAAGAAAGCACUCGCUAUAUAA